GGUGGCCUUUGAAAGGAUCUUUAAAUAAAAAAUUAUAAGCCCAGAUACUCUACAAAUAUAAUCUGAAAAUUUUGGUACUACAAGAAAUAUAAAAUUGAGGUCCCAGGUAAGAACAAUAAGUUAUCCUUCCUCUAGUGUCCUGUUAAUACAUUCAGCAAAAUGUCUCAGGAAACCCACAAUACACAGCCCAUUUGUUGAUACAUUGGUGAUACUGAUUCCAGCAUUCUACUAUGGUGUUCUGAGGAGAUUGAAGGUUUUCAUGUAUACCAGGGUAUGUUCUAGCUUUGCAGUCUGGGCCUUUAAGAAAUUGGGGCCUCUUUAAGAAAACAAAUUUAAAAUGCAAAUUUUAAAUUUUGCAAAUUUUUGGGAACACGGCUGUAAUCCCUAAUCUGCUCUUGCAAACCACCACUAUCCACACCGAGUCACCAGACAGUUCUGUGCAGGCUGAGGCCUCCCCCUGGACACCUGGGUGGGCCUUCUAGGCUGCAGUGGGAGAGGAAGGUGUUGGAGAGAAAGGGAUGGGGCUUAAAUGAAGGUGAAAGGAAGCUAAGGGAAAGUAGUGAACACUUGUGUAGCACUAUCAACUGUCCUGAGGUGGGAAUUAAGAACAGACUAGAGAGAUGUUACCAGGACAGAAUACGGUUUCAACAGGGAGAAGAGGCCCUCUGAUCUUUCGAAGUGGGCUUGAAAAAUGUCCAGCAGUUUCCUUCUUCACAGAUGUUUUCUGGGGCAUUAAGGUGACAGAACUGAAUGAACCUCUGUCUAAUGAAGAUCGAAAUCUCCUCUCUGUGGCCUACAAGAAUGUAGUUGGUGCCAGGCGAUCUUCUUGGAGGGUCAUUAGUAGUAUUGAGCAGAAAACCAUGGCGGAUGGAAAUGAGAAGAAGUUGGAAAAAGUUAAAGCUUACCGGGAGAAGAUCGAGAAGGAGCUCGAGACAGUUUGCAAUGAUGUCUUGGCUCUUCUUGACAAGUUCCUCAUCAAGAACUGCAAUGAUUUCCAGUAUGAGAGCAAAGUGUUCUACCUGAAAAUGAAGGGCGAUUACUACCGCUACUUGGCAGAGGUGGCUUCUGGAGAGAAGAAAAGCAGCGUGGUGGAAGCUUCUGAGGCCGCAUACAAGAAAGCCUUCGAAAUCAGCAAAGAGCACAUGCAGCCAACGCAUCCCAUCCGGCUUGGCCUGGCCCUCAAUUUUUCUGUGUUCUACUAUGAGAUCCAGAAUGCACCAGAGCAGGCCUGCCUCUUAGCCAAACAAGCCUUCGAUGAUGCCAUAGCUGAGCUGGACACAUUAAAUGAGGAUUCCUAUAAGGACUCCACUCUCAUCAUGCAGUUGCUGCGAGACAACCUCACCCUCUGGACGAGCGACCAGCAGGAUGAAGAAGCAGGAGAAGGCAACUGAAGAUCCUUCAGGUCCCUGGCCCUUCCUUCACCCACCACCCCCAUCACUGAUUCUUCCUUGCCACAAUCACUAUAUCUAGUGCUAAACCUGUCUGUAUUGGCAGCACAGCUAUUCAGAUCUGCCCUCCUGUCCCGUGGGAAGCAGUUUCAGAUAAACCUUCAUGGGCAUUUGCUGGACUGAUGGUUGCUUUGAGCCACAGGGCAUCAUUCCCUUUUGAAUUGUUCAGAGAAGUGUGUUCUGAAUGAGGCAUUUUAUUAUGUCUGUUGAUGUAUGGCAAGUCCAGGUGAUGGUAAUUGAGGAGUGUAGAAAGGAGAAUUAGCCAGCACAGGCUAUGGCUGCUAUUUAAAACAAGCUGGUAGUAUUCUGUUAAGCAGUACAUCUUGUGCAUGCAGAAAUGAAUUUGACCCUCUCGCCCCUCCUUCAGCUAAUGGAAACUGACACAGCGACAACUUGUUCCUUCACCAUCAGCUUUAUAAACUGUUUAACGUGAGCUUUCAGCAGCCCUUGCUGUGCCUCUUUAAAUUAUGAUGUGCACACACUUUCUUUUCAAUGCAAUGCAUCAGAAGUUUUGAUAUGUGUAACUUUCUUUUUUUUUGGUUGUGAUUCAGAAUCAUGGAUUUAUUUUUUGUAACUCGUUGGCUAUUGUUCUUGUGUAUCCUGACAGCAUCAUGUGUGUCAACCUGUGUCAAUCAUGAUGGGUGGUUAUGAAAUGCCAGACAGCUAAAAUAAAUGUUUUGGACCUAAAAGAGUAAAUAAAUGCUGCUUUGGGGAUAUUA